UCUCAUUUUGCCGUCUGCUCGUACUCUUGUGUAGCUCCACCCCCGGUAUCCGGCCCCGCCCCCGCCCGCAGGCCAGUGAGAGCCGCUCCCUGAUCCCGAUCUGUCACGAUAUCCCGAUAUGGCGCACCAGACCGGUAUCCACGCUACUCCAGAACUGAAGGAAUUCUUUGCGAAGGCUCGAAAUGGAACCAUCCGGCUGAUAAAGGUGGUCAUCGAGGAUGAGCAGCUCGUGCUGGGGGCUCACAAGGACCUCCAAAAGAACUGGGACCAAGACUACGACGCCUUCGUCCUCCCCCUCCUGGACGAUGGUCAGCCAUGCUACAUCCUGUACCGCCUCGACAGCCAGAACGCGCAGGGUUACGAGUGGCUCUUCUUGUCGUGGUCGCCCGAUCACUCUCCGGUGCGGCUGAAGAUGCUGUACGCAGCGACGAGGGCGACCGUCAAGAAGGAGUUUGGUGGCGGACACAUUAAGGAUGAAGUGUUCGGCACCACAAAGGAAGACGUCUCUCUCAGCGGGUACCAGAAACACGUGUCGUCCUGCGCUGCUCCGGCGCCACUCACUGCCGCCGAGAGGGAACUGCGGGAGAUCAAGAUCAAUGAGGUGAAGACGGAGAUCAGCGUGGAGAGUAAGCAGCAGACCCUGCAGGGAUUGUCCUUCCCCCUGAGGCCCGAAGCUGUGGAGGCCGUUCAGCUCCUGAAGCAGAGGAGGAUCAAUUACAUGCAGCUGAAACUGGAUCAAGAGAAGGAGAUGAUCGAUCUGGUCCAUACAAAGCACACGGACAUCCAAGAGCUGCCGGCGAGGAUCCCCAAGGACACGGCCCGCUACCACCUCUUCCUGUACAAACACUCCCAUGAGGGAGACUACCUGGAGUCCAUAGUUUUUAUUUACUCCAUGCCGGGGUAUAAGUGCAGUAUAAAGGAGCGCAUGUUGUACUCCAGCUGUAAGAACCGACUUCUGGAAUCCAUGGAACAGGAUUUUCAGCUGGAAAUCGCUAAAAAGAUUGAAAUUGAAGACGGUUCGGAGCUGACGCCCGAGUUUCUCUACGAGGAGGUGCACCCCAAACAGCACGCCUUCAAACAGGCUUUUGCCAAGCCCAAAGGACCUGCCGGAAAACGUGGACAGAAGCGUCUGAUUAAAGGACCCGGCGAAAAUGGCGAGGAUAUUUGACGCCCGAUUUGCUGCCAAGUCCGACCUGAGGGAUUAGUGCCAAGUGCGGGCCCGGGGACGUGCGGAAGCCUCUGCCAUCAUCCUGCUUUCUCUGAUGCACCUGGCGCGGGGUCUCGGGGGGAUUCUCUGCUGCUUCUCAUCCUGUCGUUGCACCUUCUCCCACGGACGCCCCAUGGUCCCCGUUUUCCUCUGGACUUCUCAGCUUUUGUCUGUGCCUGAAUGAUGGUGAAGAUCUUUGCUCAUCCAUAUUUUUCUUUCCUCACCAGCAUCCCCUUCAUCGUAUAGGAUGGGGGGGGUCAUGUGACUGACCGCGCCGAUCUCUGCUAUUGUAUUCUGGCUGAAGCAGCGGCAGAGGUGGCGUCCUCCGUGAUUUUACGUUUUUACACCGUGUCAUUGUGUUUACUCUUUGGAAUUGGGUGACAGAUCUCGUGUUACAUUCUGUGAAGUCAGAUUAAAUCCUUGCGGGAGAGGGGGCGGCAGACUCUUCCCAAAAAAUAAUAAUAAUCUGCCAGAUGGGGUCAACGAAAGCCCAUAGCGAUAGAGUGGUUCCGUUUUAAUCUGACGCUGCUGAUGUCAUCACGGACGGUUACAUUAUUUUUUUUCUCUUCGGGGUGGUUUACAUUCCAGGAAAUAAAAAAAGAUUAGCAAAAUGAUCAGUCGCCUGCACAGAUCAGACAAUUUCGCCCUUAGCUCCAUAUUUUCUAUACAAAGACAAAAUGAAUAAAAAUACUUUGUUUUUUAA